GUGAGAAAUAAACCAAUUUUUUUUGUGUAGUUGUUAACAGAUCAUCAGAGAUGGAAAAGAAAAAUGCUUCAUUGUUCAUACUAGCAUUUGUUGCCAUCUUGCUGUGUUCUUCAGUUUCUUCAAUACUAUGUUCAAUCAUGGAAGCUGAUGAAGACAUGGCCGAGGUUGAGGUUGCCGGCGGCGCCACCACCUCCGACGGGCCAUUACUACUCGACUCCUGCAAUCAGAACUGCAACCGGACAUGCAUAACAAAUAAUGAUUGUAAGGCGUGUUCCAAGGAUUGUAGGUAUUGUAACCACAACCAAAAUGGGAAAAUAUGUGGCCCUCUUGGGCUCAUCAAACUGCCAGUGACUGAUGAAGAGAAUAUUCGGAUAGAUCAAUGAACAACAUGCAGUGCAAUUGAGGGGCAGAGUCAGAAAAUUCAUGUCAAAA